AUUAGCUUAAUUUAGAAAAAAGUUAAACACUAAACGAGCUUUGUGAGGGUUUUAGCUCUGCGGCUGCAAUUUCCGUUUUGUAGAUUUCAAUCCGUCUGCUUCGCCGUCCGGCGCCGACGAUCCUCCCGGCGAUCCCAAUAGCCAGUUAUUCCGGCAACUGCUCAAACUCUUUCAGUGAAGAAAUCCAGAUAGAUACCUCCUGGUUUCAGUAAAAAAGCAACAAAUUGAGAAUUUUGGCAAACUUGACCAACUUCUUAAUGGGUUUUUUAUCUGAUAACCGUGGUGUCAGAGCCAGCUUUGGCACACAUCCACCGAGCAAUGAGCAACAAUUACCAGGUUCCACAGGAUUUGGAUUCCCACCUCAGAUUAUCGAAGUGGAAACAGGAGAGGAUGUGGCAUCAAAAGUACUGUCAUUUACUCAAAAUUGUCCAAGGGAUGUUUGUAUCCUGUCAGCUACUGGUGUAUUAUCAAACGUGUCUCUAAUAAAAACUGACACGUCCGGAGAAGCUACGACCUUUGAGGGACAGUUUGUGAUAGUGUCUCUAUCUGGUUCGUUUCUAAUGUCUGAAAUUGGCGGUCAACGGAGCAGAACAGGUGGAUUAAGUGUCUCAUUAGCUAAACCUGAUGGUUGGGUUUUUGGUGGUUCUGUGACGGGUGUUCUAACUGCUGCAUCACCUAUCCAGAUAAUUGUAGGUGAGUUCGUUGCAAAUGGCCAGGUACCUAUCACUACCAACCAACAACAGAUGCGAGGAUCGAUAGGAUCUGGAGUCAUACAACAUAUUAUCACUGUGAAAACAGGAGAGGAUGUGUCAUCAAAAAUAGUGGCAUUUAUUCACAGUAGUCCAAGGGCUGUUUGCAUCGUGUCAGCGACUGGUGAAUUAUCGAAUGUGACUGUAUUUCAAGCUGAUGCGUCCGGAGGAGAGGCGACUUAUGAGGGACUGUUCAAAAUACAGACUCUUUCUGGUUCGUUUCUGCCAUUUGAAAAUGGCGAUCCACAGAGCAGAAUGGGUGGAUUUAGUGUAUCGUUAACUGGAUCUGAUCAACGGACUUUUGGUGGUGCUGUGUCGGGUGAUCUAAUAGCUGCAUCACCAGUUGAGGUUAUUGUAUGUAGUUUCGCUGCACCUGCUGCUCCGAUGAAUCCCAAAUUUGUUGUUCCGUCACGUGGCAUGCAUAGUGGAUUGCCCAGUGAGCUUGCUGGCCACCCUAAAGGAAAGAGGUCAGGGAACCGCAAACGAUAAUCUGCAAGGAAUCUCAAGCAUGAACGAUUAUCCGCUCUCUUUUCUGAACGAUUGAACUCCUCAUCGACUAUGAGUAGAUCUUGUUGUUUUUUACAUUGGUGUAAUAGUAGUUGUGCAGAAAUAAGGACCAUAGACAAAUUUUACCUACCUUAGGUAUUCUGCAUUUUCUGCCUUGUUAGUUGUUCCUUCAGCUUUGUGUUUUAUAAAUCAUUGGACAUGAGUUUGGCUUUUCUGUACUAUUUUAACUCUUAUAAUGUCACCUUGAAUUUAUGUGUUAUACUU